UCUGUCUCCGUGGCCAUACAUCUGCCCAUAACCAGGACAUAUGCUGCACCAGGACCCACCUGGCCACGCUGUCACUACUCCAGUCUGCAUCGCACGCCUGUCUCUGACGCUGUCCCGUCAGCACUGCCUGGGCAUGCUCUCCCGGAUGCUGUUCUCCCACAGACCAAGUGGUAUCGGCUGGCGGCGUUGGGCUUCGCCUCCCUGGAAAUGUUUGAGCAAGUCAGCCUCAUGACCCUGGACAGUUUGCAGAAAUGUGGACUGCCAAGAGCAUCUCACUGCAGGAAGACGUCCAGUGACUACAUCGCGGCCAUCUUGGAGCUCAGCUCCCUGGUGGUACGGCGCCAGCACCGCCUGCUUCUGCACUGCGACCUCCUGUACCACCUGGUGCCUGACGGGUGGCGCUUCCGGCGCGCCUGCGAUACCGUGCACCGCUUCACGGCUGCUGUGGUGCAGCAGCGCCGCCAGGCCCUGAGCCACCUGGGCAGGGAGGCCUGGCUCAAAUCCAAGCAGGGCAAGACAGUGGACUUCAUUGACGUCCUGCUGCUGGCCAAGGAUGAGGACGGCCAGGAGCUGUCUGACGAGGACAUUGCAGCCGAGACAGACACCUUCAUGUUUGAGGGCCAUGACACCACAGCCAGUGGCCUCUCCUGGGUACUGUAUAACCUGGCGCGUCACCCCAGUUACCAGGAGCGCUGCCGAGAGGAGAUCAAGGACUUACUGCAGUACAAGGAGUUGGAGGAGAUUGAAUGGGAGGACCUGUCCCAAAUGCCCUUCUGCACCAUGUGCAUCAAGGAGAGUCUGCGCCUGCACCCACCCGUCACUGCCGUGUCCCGGCGCUGCACCGAGGACAUCAAAAUGCAUGACGGACGCAUCCUCCCCAAAGGGAACAUCUGUCUCAUCAGUAUCUAUGGGACACAUCACAACCCUGCUGUCUGGCCGGAGCCCCAGGUUUAUAACCCACUCCGCUUCGACCCAGAGAACUCCCAGAACCGGCCCCCUCUGGCCUUCAUGCCCUUCUCUGCUGGACCCAGGAACUGCAUCGGGCAGAACUUUGCUAUGGCAGAGAUGAAGGUGGUGCUGGCGCUGACGCUGCUGCGCUUCGCCGUGCGGCUGGAUGAGAGCAGGCCCGUGCAACGCAAACCCGAGCUGAUCCUGCGCAGCGAGAACGGGCUGUGGCUGCAUCUGGAGCAGCCAGGCCCAGCCAUGAGAGCCAGUCCCCCGCACCAUGCUCCUAAGGCCCACGCAGCUCCCAGUUCAUAGGGGUGGGGAAUACAGCCUUCUCGGGCCUGCCAAGCUGAGGACCAGGUGGGGGUCCUGGUGGCCUCAGGGGUUAGCAGACACCUGGUAAUCAGCCUUCUUCUCUCUCUUACGACAGGGGCCCUGUGGGUCUGGGCAUGGGGCUCCCAAGGUGCUGCAGGCUCCUUUCAGACACCAGCUGCAGAGCCUUUCCCCUGCCUCUGAGAGCAAGGGCCAAAAGUGCCUUUUCUCAGCCACAUCACAGUAGAAAUGGAACCCUGGCAUCCCGGCUCCCAAAUCUGCCCAUGCACAGCCCAGGCAGCCCCCUGGCCAGGUGCCCAGCAGCUCAGACACUAUCCUAGGAGUUAGGAGACCCAUGUUCAAUUCCCUGCUCUGCCACAGGACCUUGCAUGGCCUUGGGCAUAAGAACGGCCAUACUGGGGCAGACGAAAGGUCCAUCUAGCCCAGUAUCCUGUCUGCCAACAGGGGUCAGUGCCAGAUGCCCCAGAGGGAGGGAACACAGCAGGUAAUCCCCACGUGAUCCCUCCCCUGUUACUCAUUUCCAGACAAAUGGGCAAGUCACUCAGCCUCUGGGCCUCAGCUCCCCUUGCGGCCCUCUGCGCCCAAGAGUGAAGGUAAAUGCACUCGGGAGGUGAAGUGGUGGAGGAACCAAGAACACAUGCUGAGGGCUCUGAAGUGAAUCAGUGCCUCCCUGCCCCAUGCCCUGAUGUUGCUGCUUUGAGGCUGCCUGGAGCUGAGGGUCUGGUCUGGUCUGUUUCUAACACCAUCCCCAAAGGGUAGGCAUCUCCCUUCCCGGCACCUCCUCCUCACUCCUGCACUCAGCAAUCCACCUACCUUGCCCCAGGCCUGGGGCAUGAC